CAGAGGCUGCAGAGAUGCUAACAGCACCGACACACAAACACACACUGAAAGGAGCUAACUGCUAACUGUUAUCAGAGACUGACAGACAGAGGUGGAGGGAGGCAGCACACACACACACACACACACACACACACACACACACAGACACACACACAACACACAGUGAUCACUGAGACACAGUGAGCUUUCACUGAAGCUAACUGCUGUUAGCAUGCUGUGGAGAGCAGGCUAACCUUCUGACACACACACACACACACACACACACACAGCAAUGCAGUGUCGGAGGCUUCCUAUUGGAUGGUGCAGAUGUAGUCAAACUUCAGCUUGACAGACAAUUCAUUGGGUUGGGCGGAGCCUGCAGGUGGAGGUGGGGAUGUCAAAGCGAGGAGCUUGGGGGCGGGGGAAGGGGGAACGACCAGACGCCAUGGCAACCCUUCAAGCAGCAAAUGAGGAGCUGCGAGCUAAACUGACAGACAUCCAGAUAGAACUACAACAGGAAAAGAACAAGGUAAGUCGUCUGGAGAGAGAGAAGAGUCAGGAGCUGAAAGCGGAGCAUCACCGGGCGACGGUUGCCGUGACAGAGCUGAAGACCAAACUCCAUGAGGAGAAGCAGAAGGAGCUGGCGGUUACUAGAGAGACGUUACUAAGGCAACACGAAAUGGAGCUGAUGAGGGUCAUCAAGAUCAAAGAUGGAGAGAUUCAACGUCUGAAUGGACUGGUGCUAACGCUGAGGGAUGGAUCCAUGGACAAGGUGAGGAGUGCUCUGCUGGCAGAGGUGGAGGAGGCAAGAAGGAGCUGGGAGGCAGAGCGAUGUCGCCUCCAGCAGGAGGUUCAGGAGCUGCGAGGAGCAAAGAGGUAUACUGAGGAGGCUCUGACAUCGGCUCAGCAGGCCUGCCAGGCCCGGGCAGCCGAACUACGAUCAGCUCAUCACCAACACCAGGAGGAGCUGAACAGGACCAAGAGAGACUGUGAGCGGGAGAUUCGCCGACUGAUGGAUGAGAUAAAACUGAAGGACAGAGCUGUCAGUGUUUUGGAUAAAGCCUUGGGGCUGCAGGCUGGACAUGCUCACCGCCUCCAGCUGCAGACUCAGGCAGCCGAGCAGCAAAUCGCAGCCCUGAGAGAUGCACAGAGGGCAGGACUAAACCACCCAGGCCACUCCCCUAGCCCCACCCCUAACACUACUCCUCAUAUUUCCCAAGAGGAUCGGGACACUCGGAGGUUUCAGUUAAAAAUUGCUGAGCUCAGCGCUGUUGUCAGGAAGCUGGAGGAUCGAAAUGCUCUGCUGUCUGAAGAACGCAACGAGCUGCUGAAGCGUCUGCGAGAGGCAGAGAGUCAGUUUCUUCCUCUUCUGGACAAAAACAAACGUCUCAGCAGGAAAAAUGAGGAGCUCGCUCUUGCUCUCCGUCGUCUUGACAACAAGCUUCGCUUUGUCACCCAGGAGAACAUGGAGAUGGUAACUAUGAGGCGACCGAGUUCAUUAAAUGACCUGGACCGCAGCCACUCCACCAGUUACCAUGGUUACAGCCAGGAGGAGAGAGAGAUGGAGUUUCUAAGGUUACAGGUCCUGGAGCAACAGCACAUCAUUGAUGACCUGUCCAAGGCUCUGGAGACAGCUGGUUAUGUGAAGAAUGUUAUAGAGAGAGACAUGUUACUGAGAUACAGGCGUCAGGAGUCAGUUAGGAAGAAACGAACCUUCAGAGCCUGCAGAGUUAUAGAGACAUUUUAUGGUUAUGAUGAAGAAGCGUCAGUGGACUCUGAUGGAUCAUCUUUGUCUUUUCACACUGACAGAACUCCAGAUACUGAACCAGAGGAGGUGUGUGUGCGUGAGGAGGCGGAGCUUCGUUACCGUCAGCUGACUCAGGAGUAUCAGGCGCUGCAGCGAGCUUACGCUCUACUGACAGAGACGAGCGGGGGAAACUAUGACGCAGAGAAAGAGAUCAAGACCAGAGAGCAGCUGCUGACUGAAAUCAGUCGAUAUCAAACCAGAGUCGCAGAUCUGGAGUCAGCGCUGAACCAACAAGGACUGGAUGUGAAGUGGGUGGAGGAGAAGCAGGCAUUGUAUCAGAGGAAUCAGGAGCUGGUGGAGAAGCUGAGGCAGAUGGAAGGUGAAGAGCUGCGACUGAAAAACGACAUUCAAGACGUCAAAGAUCAGAACGAGCUGCUGGAGUUCAGGAUCUUAGAGCUUGAGGAGAGGGAACGACGCUCACCUGGCAUUAACUUCCAACAUCUCCAUUUCCCAGAAGGCAUCAGUCCUCUGCAGAUCUACUGCGAGGCAGAGGGAGUCACUGACAUCGUGAUCAGCGAGUUGAUGAAGAAACUGGACAUUCUGGGAGAUAACGCCGUAAGUAAUCUGUCCAAUGAGGAGCAGGUGGUGGUAAUCCAUGCCAGGACGGUGCUCACGCUGGCAGAGAAGUGGUUGGAGUCCAUCGAAGUGACGAAGUCAGCUCUGCAGCAGAAGAUGUUGGACAUUGAAAGUGAGAAGGAUCUGUUCAGUAAACAGAAAGGUUACCUGGAUGAAGAGCUGGACUACAGGAAGCAGUCGAUGGAUCAGGCUCAUAAGAGGAUCCUGGAGCUGGAGGCCAUGUUAUUUGAGGCUCUGCAGCAAGAGGAGGAAACCAGGAUGGAGGGAUUCAAGAUUGAGGAGGGUCGUCUCUCUGAAACUCUGACUGAGGAAGAGAAGGAGGGGCUGAGGAGAGCCAUGGACCAAUGGAAACGAACUGUAAUGUGCGAGCUGAGAGAGAGAGAUGCCCAGAUCCUGCGAGAGAGGAUGGAGAUACUGCAACUCACCCAACAGAGGAACAAGGAGCUGGAGGAGUUUAUAGAAGCCCAGAAACGACAGAUUAAAGAGCUGGAGGAGAAGUUUCUAUUUCUGUUUCUAUUCUUCUCUUUGGCCUUCAUCCUCUGGUCCUAACAGCAGCAGCUGUUUCUGCAGGCCUCCAGAGUCCAGCAGCUGAUCACUCAGCAGGGUCGUGUCAGGAGGAUUCAGAAUGUUUCAGGAUUUGGAACCAGCAGCUGACUGAGGCACAUUGGCUUCACUGCCACACUCACCAGCCUCUGGCUGCUGUCAGCCAAUCAGAGCAGAGCUCAGCCGUCACCUGAGUCCACACCAUCACACCCUCCCAGAAUGUCACUGUGUUGCCUCAGAGACAGUGAGAGUGAUAGUUUCAGUGGUGGCAGAAGAACAUUGUGUUUCAGACGUGUGAAAACCUUCACUGGUAACGGGCUAACCAGCGCACCGGUAGCUAUGGGUACCAGAAAGUUCUGGGUCACCAGAUGUGCAGCUGAUAAACACAUUCUGGCUUCAGCAGGCCAGCUGGACCAAAGCGGUGCUGGACUUAUUAAUAUUAGCUAAAUUAGCUGGACUUCUGUCAGACCUGGCUAAAGUAGCUGCUCUCAGUGUUUGCUCAGCCACCUGAUUAUAAACAUUGCUAGCUAAGUUGGCUGAAUUCAUACAGUUAACUCAGCUGGUUGACUUCAGUGUGAAGGUAGCUGUUUGGGUCAAUUACAGAUCACUAAUCGUCUGUGGGUGAAUGAAACUGCAGUGACAGACACAGAGCUCCAUGAACUACAGCAGAAGAUCAGUAAUGUUGUUGCUAAGUUACCUUGAAGAGUUCACACAGUUGAAUCACAGUAGAAACACAAUUGAAAACAUUAGAAACUGUUGUUCAGUGAAGCGUCUCGUCUGUCCUGAUAUGAGUUUUUUUUUAACUUUGUUCUGAUUGGCUGUUCCACCUGCAGACUGGCGAGUAGUUUAACACUGUAGAGCCUCUCAGCUCCACUCAUGGAUCUAAGGUUAAAGGUUCAGACCGUCUGGAUCAUCGCGGGACCAAAACCUGACAAAGGAAACAUCAGACAGGAGUUCUGCUGGAGGUCAGAGAAGAAACAGACUAAACUGUUAAAGCAAAAUUAUGUUCUGACCGGAAGAAAUGCAGCAUGAUGCUUGAAGUAAGUCAGAAGCAGGUUUUACAACUGGUCAGAAACCUUUAAUACAACAAUAAAACUACUGCAGGUCACUCUGCAGAGUUUACACGUGAUCAAAGGUCAGGUGAUCCAGUCUGAUUAUACUCUGGUGAGAUUUUACAGAUCAACUGAGUUCAAACUGAUGGAAGAAAGUACAACAGUGUUUCACAGACACAACUGAACAAUAGAGGAUAAUUUCACAGGACUAAACAAGAAUUAUAUUACAUUAUAUUAUAUUAUAUUAUUAUAUUUUCCUAACCCUUAUAUUAUGGAUCUUUUUAUUCUCCUACUGAAGAUAAUCAGUUGAUUCUGAAAUGUUCAAACAAUUAAAGGAGAUAUUUGUAAGUUUUGGAUAUUGCUACAAAGCUAACAUUAGCAUUGGCAACUGUUUACUUACCAUCAAAUUUCAUUCCUUUACUCACCAACAGCUGUCUCCAGAGGUGGAAACAAACACCAAUGUUAACUCUUGUCUAUAUCACGUCUUUUUGUUCUUCUGAAGUUAGCAUGCUAGCCAUCUAGCUCUGGCCCGGUCAGACCGUCUCAUCACGAUAUGAUACUGACUUACUGUAGUGUCCAGUCUGAAGAUGUGUUAUAACCUGUAAACACAAUAAUAACUGAAGUUAUUGUGAGACUGGUAAGUAAACAGCUGUUCAUAUUAUUGUUUUUUUAUUUUCAGCUUUAGUUAAAACUUUAAUUUCUUUUCAUGGUUUGAGUGUCAAUUUCCGUCUUGACAUUGCCAUAUUUUCAAUUCAGUAUCAAAUUCUGUUUUAAUUUUAACUGAUUUUCCUGUAGAAGAGUAAAAAGAACAUAAUUGAUGAACCAAUGUUUUCUGUGAAUUAUCAUCUGUGUGUCCUGCAGUAUCAUCAGUGUUUAACUGAAGCAACACAAACCUGCAGAAUUAAAACCAUGGAUCCUGCUGUUGUACUUUUAUUAUUCCAGAUGAUAUUUUUCUAUCCCUGAGUCUGAACUCUUGAACAUCUGAAGGGUCAGCAGUUUGGUAUGAUUACAGAUUAAAGAUGGUAGAAACAAGACUGAAGACAAAACUGUGUUUGUAUUUUGUUGCUGAAGAUGAGAAUGUCCCAUCAGAUCAGAGUUUUUUGACUGUUGUCAUGAAAUCUGGUUCAGUCUGACUCCAGGCUUCAAGUGAUGCUUCGCCAUCUGCUGGAUCUGGUCUGUGUGCCAAAAGUGAAGAACCAUAAGUUGCAGUUCCACUAAUGACCACUAGAGUCUGGCUCCAACAGUGAGUCAGUCCCCAUAGACUCCCAUGUUAAAAUGUCCAACUUUACAGCAGAAAUAAACAUGUUUACAGCCUGGUACAAAAACUA